GUCUGUAUAUGCAUGCCGUAUGUGCAGCCCGGUUGAUCCAUCUUAUAACACAUAAAUAGGUCCGUUGCGCCAGAUGAGCUCAGUCCCCGAGAGGGAAGCGUGGGUUACCUUCCCUGUUUUGAGCCAUCGGCUGCAGCUUGUAUCAUGCGUCUUUUCGGGAGCCUGGUAGCCACGCUACCCUUCUCUCUGCUGUCUGCUGCGAUUUCCUUUGACGGAGAGCCGGAUGUUAACAGCAGUGCGGUGGAGCGGCAUAUGCAGUCUCGCUCUGCGAUGAUCACGUUGGAGAAGAGACAGCGGCAGGAUCAUGAUUUCCGGCAGAAUCUGUCCCCGGUUGCUCAGCAGGCAGACACCAUUGUCGAGGCUAUCCGACGGUAUGAGACCGAAAAUUACUGGCGGGUAGCUGGAACACCCGAGGAUGAAGAAGCCGAGAGGUUUGCGGGCGAGGUCUUUCCGAAAGCUAAGCCACUUAUUCCUGCCACGCAGCUGUGGAAUAUCAUCAAGCGCAUGCCGAAAGGCGCCCUUCUGCAUGCGCACCUUUCCGCUAUGUUCCCGUUCGAGACCAUCCUCGACAUCAUAAUGAACACUGAAGGAAUGGUUAUCUCGGCCUCGCAACCUGUUCUGACUGAGGCAGAAUGGGCGAACGCAACUAUCGCAUUUGCGCACGUCAAUCACACGAUCGCUGCGUCGGGCCCAUCAAUCGACUCUGUGGACUAUGUACCAAACACACAACUCCCUAUCCAAUAUGCGGCAUCCUCCUUCUCGGGAGGGGAGACAAACUUUACAGACUUUGUCAUGUCCAAGUUGGAGAUUCCACCACAGGAGUCAAUCCGUCACGAGCUUGGCGUUGACGAAAUCUGGCGAAUCUUUCAAGCAUGCUUCGGCCCGGCUGACACUAUGUUGAGCUAUGAGCCUGUUGUGAGAACUUUCUAUCAGAGGCUCUUUGGGGCUUUGAAGGACGACGGCAUCAACUGGGUUGAGAUCCGCGCCGGAGGGUCAAGCGGUAAGCUGGUGCACGAGGGCGAGGAGGUUGUGGAUCCAGAUCUUGACAUCUGGUGGCAGGUAAUGGUCGACGAGCUGGACAACUUCAAGAACAGUGAUCAGGGGAAAGAUUUCUGGGGCGCGCGAGUCAUCUGGUCUGACACCAGGAGCAAGGAUCGUGCGUCACUUACGAAGAGUAUGAAGAUUGCCCUUGAGCGAAAGACCAAAUUUCCCGAGCUCUUCAGUGGCUAUGAUGUGGUGGGACAAGAAGACCUUGGGCGUCCACUUGCCGACAUGGCACCGGAGCUGCUCUGGUUCCGAGAACAGACAGACGAGCUAAACCUUACGGUCCCCUUUUUCUUCCAUGCCGGAGAGACACUUGGGGACGGCAAUUCGACCGAUCUCAAUCUUGUUGACGCAAUUCUAUUCAACACCCGCCGGGUCGGUCAUGGCUUCAGCUUGUAUAAGCACCCAAAGCUCAUCGAUGAGGUCGUCGACAACGCCAUCAUGGUCGAAGUUUGUCCUAUCUCAAAUGAGGUCCUCCGCUUGGCGACCGAUAUUCUCCAUCACCCGUUGCCAGCCAUGAUCGCGCAUGGAAUUCCCACUGCAAUAAGCAACGAUGAUCCCGCCAUCCUUGGCCAGGAUGCCGCCGGACUAAGCUAUGACUUCUAUCAAACCAUUCAGGCUUUCGAUAACCUUGGCCUGGCCGGAUUAGGAGCACUCGCGCAGAAUAGUCUCCGAUGGGCCAAUUUUGAGGAUCAGUCCGAUGGAGAUUGGCUGCGGGAUAUCGACCUCGGUGAGCACGGUACCGGGACCAAAGCGACAUAUAUCCAAGCCUGGAACGAGCAAUGGGAGUCAUUCUGCCAGUGGAUUGUGGACGAAUACGGAGUUCAGUGGAACGUGACGGCCGGACUCUGAAUGGAGAAGAAUCAGUUAGCGACAGACCUAUAUAGCAUCAAUUAGAAUGCCAGGCGCCUCCAGACGGGUUCCGCAAUUUCGAAGAGACAGUGGCUAGAAAGCAUUUCUUAAGUGAGGCCAAGGCAAUGACACGGGCCUCUACCAAACCUCGGAGCCGCUGAGGCCCGGCACUUAAACGACUCUAUACGAAUGAGCGGAAAAUUCAUCCGAUAUGGGUUGAGGGAAUUGAGCCCUUGCGGCCCGAGCCUAAAUAAAACCCCGCUACGAACCAAGUUCCGGUAGAGCCAAAACGGCCGACUGUACUCCAGAAGCUUGCCCGAUAGCAGGUGAGUGACCUGCUUCCGUGCAUAUUCUCUCCUUCAAUAUGUAAGUCGUCUCGCGCUAAGGUUGAGUUGUAGAGGUAGCCUGGACACGUGUGGAUAUGGUCAAGAGCUGCCUGUUUGUCACACUGUAG